CGGUAGUAGUUACUACCCUUCCGAUUGCGAGAGAGAGAGAGAGAGAGAGAGCUGUCAAUAUACGGUAGUAGUUACUACCCUUCCGAUUGCACACCGUACAUCUGACUUGGUGAACAUCCUCACGAAUCAGAGACACAAAAGUGGAGCGAUCCCUCUGUCCGUGACCUGAACCGAGCCCAGGCCAUGGACGAACAGGCAGGGCCCGGCGUUUUCUUCAACAACAACUCUAUCUUAGCGGGCGGUGGGAAGGGACUGCUGCCGGAGGGGGACGCAGGGGAGGCGGCCAGGUCUCCGUACAGUAUCCCGGGGAUCCUACACUUCCUGCAACACGAAUGGGCCCGCUUCGAAGUGGAGAAGGCACAAUGGGAGGUGCAACGCGCCGAAUUGCAGGCCCAGAUAGCGUUCCUGCAGGGCGAGAGGAACGGCCAGGAGAACCUGAAGAAGGAUCUGGUGAGGAGGAUUAAGAUGCUGGAGUACGCCCUCAGACAGGACAGGGCCAAGUACCACAAGUUAAGAUAUGGAACAGAGUUGAACCAAGGAGACAUGAAACCUCCCAGCUAUGACUCUGAUGAGGUGAUUGAGAAUGAGACUCCUGGGUCCUUGAACAACCAGCUGUCCUGGAAACAAGGCCGUCAGCUCCUCAGACAGUAUCUUCAGGAGGUAGGCUACACAGACACCAUCCUGGAUGUGAAGUCUCGAAGGGUGCAAGCCCUGCUGGGUCUGGCUGGAGAUGGAGGGGGGAGACCUGGGGAGAGGACAGCCAACGAGCCCCCUCUGGUCAACGGAACAGACACCUCACCUAAAGGCACGGGCACCAGAGGAGGGAAGACAGAGCAGUCUGAGUCCAGUGCUGUGCUGGAGGCCUUCAGGUUCAUAGAAAGCACUGCAGCUGACUACAGUGAUGAAGACGAUGUUGAAGACAGUGCAGGGAAUGACAGGACUAUCAUGGAACAGACAGAACCUGCUGGGACGAUUGUGAGGAAGAAGCCAUCAUCAUCCUCGUCAUCAUCAUCAUCACCCUCCCUGUCCCCCAGUAUGGACACUAGUGAGGACCCCGACACUGAGGAAGCACUGAAGGGCUUUGACUUCCUGUCUGGUCCAGAUGAUAUGGACACAUCAUCUGAGUCCCGCAGCGCAGGGAACGGGGCGGACUGGGAGGAAGAGGAGCAGACUGCCAUGUCAGAGGCCUGGGACGUGGACCCGGGUCUGAUAACCAAACUCAAAGAGGAGUACAGGAAGGAGCGCAAGGGGAAGAGACCUAACCGGUCUAAGCUCCAGGACAUGUUAGCCAACCUGAGGGACCAGGAGGACAUGAGUCCCAGAGAACCCUCCUCUACCUCCCAGGCCCACUCCAACGCACCCAGGCUCAAUGAACAGCACCAGGACAACCGCACUGAUGAAGUGGAGGCCUUGACGUUCCCUCCUUCCUCUGGGAAGUCCUUUAUCAUGGGUCCUGAUGAGAACAUGGAGGCUGAGAUGGGACUGGGGGAGCUGGCUGGACUCAGCAUAGCUAAUGAGGCUGAUAGUCUGACCUACGAUAUCUCCAACAACCAGGAUGCCCUGAGGAGGACCUGGAACCCUAAGUUCACCCUGCGGAGCCACUUUGACGGGAUCCGAGGUCUGGCGUUCCACCCCGUAGAACCGAUUCUAGUCACCGCCUCAGAGGACCACACGCUGAAGAUGUGGAACCUGCAGAAGACUGCCCCCACCAAGAAGAGUGCCUCUCUUGACGUGGAACCCAUCUACACGUUCAGGGCCCACCAGGGUGCAGUGCUGUGUGUAGUGAUGAGCAGUACAGGAGAGCAAUGUUUCAGUGGAGGGGUGGACGGGACCAUUCAGAGCUGGAACACCCCUAACCCUAACGUAGACCCAUAUGACUCAUACGAGCCGUCUGUCCUGCGGGGGGCGCUGUGUGGUCAUACUGACUCAGUGUGGGGUCUGGUCUACAGUAGUGUUCAUCAGAGACUCCUGUCUUGCUCUGGAGACGGCACCGUCAGGCUGUGGGACGCCUCCAAUACCAAGCCUGCCCUGGCCACCUUCCACCAUAAAGAGUUCGGCGUGCCCUCGUCAGUGGACCUGGUCUGCAGUGAGCCCGCCCACAUGGUGACAUCAUUCACCAGCGGUCACAUUGGCCUCUUCAACAUGGAGACACAGCAACUGGUGCUCAGCCUGGAGUCCACUGCAGAGACGGGUACCCCCUGUCAGAUCAACAGGGUGCUGAGCCACCCCACCCUCCCCAUCACCAUCACCGCUGAGGAGGACAAACACAUAAAGUUCUUCGACAACAACACAGGGAAGCUGAUCCACUCGAUGGUGGCCCACCUGGAGGCAGUUACCAGUCUAGCUGUCGACCCCAACGGGCUCUAUCUGAUGUCUGGCAGUCAUGACUGUUCUAUUCGUCUGUGGAACCUGGAGACUAAGACGUGUAUCCAGGAGUUUACAGCUCACAGGAAGAAGAAUGAUGAGUCUAUCCAUGACGUGGCCUUCCACCCCUCUAAGGCUUACAUCGCCUCCGCCGGGGCAGACGCUCUUGCCAAGGUGUUCGUAUGACGAGGACCUAUCACAGUCCGCUGACACAGCCUCCCAGUUCCAGGGACCAAUAGAUGUAUGCGUGUGGGGUGCUACGCAGACCUCACCUCACACAUAAUCCCUCUCGCGCUACUGGUUCCCUGUUUUGACUGGUGGAUGGUGCAGCCAAUGGCCUCUACUAAGCCCCAGACUAGGCCCGCCUCCAGAGGUUGGCUGGGAGGUAUGUUAGGAGAACUGCUAUUGGGCACAAGGCUUCCUCCUCCCUCUACGAUCCAGGCAGGCCCCUGGGUGUGACCGGCCACAGAGCCCCUCCUCUUUCUCCAACCUGCAUCCAAUGAACACCCACACAGACUGUCUACAGACUACAGACUGACACUAUGGUUCAGACUAAUCUUAUGGUCUGUCUUCCAUUCACAACUGGCGAGGUGGUUGAAGACAUUCUGACUGGUGUUUUAUAGUGUAGAGGUGGAGUACCCCCACCCCAUGUCAUCAUGCCCAUUAACCAGAACCCCACGCCUCCCAUUUCCCAAAUCUCUAGGUCCAGGCUUCUCCCCUUCAGACCAGGGUAGACUGUCUGCUCCCUG